UCCUACACUCAUCCGAAGCAGGAGGAAGGAGACGACAUAGGCCUUUUCUUUUGGCUAAAUAUCAGACCUUCUGUUUCACUUGUAAAAAACCUGAACAUUUGUUUCAUACAGUUUUAAGAUUUGUUUUUCCAACUACUCUUCAACAUGCCAAGAGGCGGAAAAAAGGGUCACAAGGGUCGGGGCAAGCAGUUCAGCAACCCCGAGGAGAUCGACCGACAGAUGAAGGCACAGAGAGAGUUGGAGGCAAACGGUGGUGUAGAAAAAGAAAGCUCAGGAUCUGAAGAUGAAAGUAGCAGUGAUGAGGACUGUGAAAACAAGAAGAAAAGUGGGGUGGAGGGGCUAAUUGAGAUUGAAAAUCCCAACCGUGUGUCCCAGAAGAAUAAGAAGGUUACAGAACUUGACGUCAAUGCACCCAAAGAGCUCUCUCGCAGAGAGAGAGAGGAGAUUGAGAAGCAGAAGGCUAAGGAGCGCUACAUGAAGCUCCACUUAGAGGGGAAGACGGACCAGGCGCGGGCUGAUCUGGCCAGGCUGGCCAUAAUCAAGAAGCAGAGAGAGGAUGCAGCCAAAAAGAGAGAUGAUCUCAAGAAAGAUAAAGAUGAGGAGUCCAAGUCAAAACGCUAGUCCUCCCUACCUUGGAGCACUGGUCCUAGGACUCAUUCUGUUGAAGGGGGGGUGGGGGGGGUGGGGGGUGAAGAGGGAGUACUGGGGGGUGGGGAACUAAACAAGGGGUUACAGCUCAGGGGUUCUCCUGGGCUUAUCCUUCAUCCUAGAUGGAGGGAUAGGGGUGGACCAGGUAUCUGGAAGGAGGCAGAGCAGGGAGUUGAGGGAAAUGGGGAGGAGGAGGCUCUCCUGGGGCACUUCUUUCCUUGGAACCCAGUGGAAUCCCAGUCCCAGGUGGUAAGAGUUCUCCCUCCUCACUCCUUCCCUACACUCUUAAUGUUCUAAAUUCUAAAGCUGCUGGAGUUUUCAUUCUUUUGAUUUAUAUACAUUUUAACACAGUUUACUUCAGAAUAGCAGGGGAUUUGAAUGCGACAACACACAAGAAGGAAAUGGUUGGUAUGCCAUUCCUACCAUUCAACCUGUUUAUUUUUUUAAAUAAGGUGAAUUGGGAAGUGUGGGAUAGAGGAAGGAACACUAAGAUCUACAUUAUACAGGAAAUCGACCUACUAAUUGUUUUUCUGUCAGGGUUUCGCCCUCUACCAGCUGUGUCUUCAUUGCAAUCAGAAAGUUCAUAGGCCUUUGGCUCCACACGGCAGUCAUGUAGAAAGAGUCUGUGUUUGUGGCACCAGUCAGCUUUGGUUUUCAACCUUUAACAUAUGAUUCUGUUGUUUACUCAUUGGACUGAGCCUUCUGGUUCUUACAAUUUGUAAUUGGCUGUCAAAUGUUCCAACUUUUCAUAAUUGUAGUCAGUGGGUCUACCCUGAUCAUGCAAGAACCACAGAAAAGAAGAGGCUAAUGCAUGACUGGGCCCUCCAUCUCUUACUCUUUCCUAUGGGGUCAUUAGUUACUCUUGAUAAGGGACCAUUUUUGUGUGGCCUUUUGAUAGUUUACUUACUUGCCAACUUACUGUCAGUAUGUCUCUGGUUGUCAUGACCAAGCUGUAGCUGCUGAGUGAUGGUGGAGCCUGAAAUGCCUUGAACAGGAAAGCAAUAUUCUUCCCAGGCCUGAAUUAAUUAAUUGGCCUGAAGCCAUAUAUGGGACCGGUGGAAUCCAUUUUGGGCAGGUCUUUGGUUGGUAUUUGGAAGGAUUUAAAAUUCUAUUUGACCCAGGUCUGAUUCUUUUUAAUGGUAGUAGUCGAAAUAUUCUCAUUUACUCUGACAACAUACAGUAUAAAUAAUAGAAGUGUUUUAAUGGGUAUAAAGAAAUUCUCCAGGAAUGAAAGGAUUGGUCUACAUAAUUUGAUUUGUUUGUAUUUGAAUUCAUUUGUUGUAUAGAAAUAAAUACAUUGAUAAACAAACGCA